AUGUCAUAUAAUAACGGUGGAUACAGAAACGAUAGAGGUGGCUACAAUAAUGGUGGCUACGGUGGUAGAGACCAAGGUGGCUAUGGCGGAGGCCGUGGUUACGGUGGUGGUAACAGAGAUGGUGGUUUUGGUGGCCGUGGUGGCGGCAGAGGUGGUUACAAUGAUAGAGGAUUUGGUGGUGGCCGUGGUGGUAGAUUUAACGAUGCCCCAAGACAAGAAUUAACUGCUCCACAAUGGGAUUUGGAAUCCUUACCAAAAUUUGAAAAGAAUUUCUAUACCGAACAUCCAAAUGUUGCCAGUAGAUCUGAUAGAGAAAUUGAUCAAUUUAGAAGAGAAAAUGAAAUGACUAUUGAAGGUAGAGAUAUCCCACAUCCAAUUACCAGUUUCGAUGAAGCUGGUUUCCCAGAUUAUGUUUUGAGUGAAUUGAAAGAAUUGGGUUUCCCAAAACCAACUGCUAUUCAAUGUCAAGGUUGGCCAAUGGCUUUAAGUGGUAGAGAUAUGGUUGGUAUUGCUGCUACUGGUUCUGGUAAGACCUUGUCUUAUUGUUUACCAUCCAUUGUUCAUAUCAAUGCUCAACCAGAAUUACAAUAUGGAGAUGGUCCAAUCGUUUUGGUUUUGGCUCCAACCAGAGAAUUGGCUGUUCAAAUUCAAACUGAAUGUUCUAAAUUUGGUAAAUCUUCUAGAAUCAGAAACACUUGUGUUUAUGGUGGUGCUCCAAAAGGUCCACAAAUCAGAGACUUGAAUAAAGGUGUUGAAAUCUGUAUUGCUACCCCAGGUAGAUUGAUUGAUAUGUUGGAAGCUGGUAAGACCAACUUGAAGAGAGUUACUUAUUUGGUUUUAGAUGAAGCUGAUCGUAUGUUGGAUAUGGGUUUUGAACCACAAAUCAGAAAAAUUGUUGAUCAAAUUAGACCAGAUCGUCAAACUUUGAUGUGGUCUGCUACUUGGCCAAAAGAAGUUGAAAGAUUAGCUAAUGAUUACUUGCAAGAUCCAAUCAAGGUUACUAUUGGUUCUUUGGAAUUGGCUGCUUCUCACACCAUUACUCAAUUGGUUGAAGUUAUUGAUGAAUUUUCCAAGAGAGACAGACUUGUCAAACACUUGGAAUCUGCAUUGAAUGAAAAGGAUAACAAGAUUUUGGUUUUCGCUUCUACUAAGAGAACCUGUGAUGAAAUCACUACUUAUUUAAGAUCAGAUGGUUGGCCAGCUUUAGCUAUCCAUGGUGACAAAGACCAAAGUGAAAGAGACUGGGUUUUGAAUGAAUUCAGACAAGGUAAAACUUCUAUUAUGGUUGCAACAGAUGUUGCUGCUAGAGGUAUUGGUAUGUAUUAUUUUUUUUUUGUUCAUGAAGAAUCUUUUUUUAUUUAUUCUUUAGAACUUACUAACUGUUUAACUUGUUGA